AAUCAUGAACAAUACGAUAGUUCAAGAUGUCAUGCCUUUGUUUGUGAUUUAACGACUGAUAGUCUAAAAGACAAUAUAGCAUCAGGAAACAUAGAUGUUGUUUCUUUAAUAUUUGUAUUAUCAGCCAUACCACCAGAAAAACAUUACAACGUAAUUCGUAAUAUAUCGGAGGUUGCAAGAGAAGGAUCAAUAAUAUGUUUUCGUGAUUACGCGAAAGAUGAUGAAACUGAAAUUAGAUUUUCAACUAUAGCAGCUCAACAUAAACUACAAGAAAAUUUAUAUGUUAGACAAGAUGGAACGAUGUCUUAUUUUUUCACUAUUGAAUAUUUAAAGGAAAUAUUUGAAAAAGAUAAACUUUUUGAAUUCGUGGAUGGUGGUAAUGUUGCAAGAGAAACUGUCAAUAGAGCGAAGGGUUUAUGUGUCGAUAGAAAAUUUCUGCAAGCAAGAUUUAGGAAGUUGUAA